AGUGACCUGUCUGCUGUAGGUGUAAGUAUGUUAUCCUGUGAGUCUGUGUCGUGCUGUAAUGGAUUGCCCCCUCCCCAGACAAGGCUGUGCAUCUGCCUCGAACCCAACGCGAACUUGACCAGGAUGAAGCGAAGUCUCCUGAAGAGGGAAAUAAAACACAGGUCAUGGACAGAGUCACCUUCAGAAGUGACACUGUUCUCUCUGAUGUGCACCUGCUGCUCCCGAAUGUUCGCCAUCUAAUGACUCGUCUGAAUAGUGUAGGGCAACCAGUGUUUGUAUCAAAGUUUAGUAUUCUCUCGAAUGAGGAAAAGAAAAAGGAGCAUUCUCCCCCCAAACAGCAGUCAAACUCUAUCCUGGAUGAAGAUGGAGACCUGGAUGUGGUGAGAAGACCCACAGACACAGCACACACCCAUGAAACCAUUCACCCAGUCAUCCUUAGCCAAGCUGAAGGGGCAAUCAGUGAUGAUGAGGAGGAGGAUGGAGUCGAUGCUGAGAACGUCAUCAAAAUUGAGCACACAAUGGCUACACCCUUGGAGGAUGUUGGAAAACAAAUCUGGCGAGGAGCUUUACUGCUGUCUGAUUUUCUCCUCUCAAACCCAUCAAUGUUUCGAGAUGCAACUGUGUUAGAGCUGGGAUCAGGAACUGGGUUAACAAGCAUCGUCUUAGCAAGAAUGGCAAAAACAGUGUACUGCACAGAUGUUGGCGAUGACCUGCUUAGCAUGUGUAAGAGAAAUGUGCAGCUAAACGGGUGCUGUAACGAGACAUCAGAGGAGUGUGGUGUAAAAGUAAGACAGCUGGACUGGACUGCAGACGAUUUCCCCACAGAUUCAGAGUUUGGCUGGAGUGAGGAGGAGAUAGCUGACCUCUACGACAACACCACUUUUAUCAUUGCUGCAGAUGUCUGCUAUGAUGAUGACCUCACUGAUGCCCUGAUGCGAACCGUGUACCGAAUUGCCAGUAACCUGCGUCACCCUAGCACGACCUAUUUCUGCUUAGAGAAAAGGCUGAAUUUCACUCUGCGCCACAUGGACGUGUCCUGCGAGGCAUACGAUCACCUCCGCCAAUGCCUGGAGCAGCUAAAGAACCUGAGUGAUGGGAAAAUGACAUUCACAGUGUCACCAGUACAGUGCUCGUUCCCACAGUUCUUCCAGUAUGAGCGAGUGAACCAGCUGGAGCUGUGGAAGGUGUCUGCCUCUGCUCUUUAAAAUACAUUUGUCUCAACUUCCUAACUAAGAGUUGGAAAUGAAAAGGCUGUUGAAGAGGAUUCAAGAUUUUAGGUGGUUUUGGACCCCUUUUGGGUUAAACAUGUUCAUAUUAGGGAAUUAAGUUUGCUGUUUCUGGUUUUAUUCUAUGCUAUCUGCUGGCCUGGCAUCUACAACGACAUGUUUGGCUACGUUUGACAGCUGAAUGGCCGAAACCUUAGAUUGGCAUACUGUCAAAUUUUGUUUGGCCUAACUACUCCUUCAAAGUAUAUAUGUAUUUAUUUAUUUUUAGAUGUAACCACCACUUAAUCCCGGUUAGUAUCAUGGUGGCUCUGGCUUCAAAUCCAUCUCAGUCAAAAGAUAUAUUUUAAUUUAAAAUGCUGUAUGUUGUAAACUUCAUUUAUAUCAAAUUGAACUGUGAAUAAUAAAAGAGCGUGUGUGUCCAAACUGUCUCUGGUCAGCAUUUGGAUGAAAUACUGUGAUGUUAAAUUAUUAUUUAAUUAAAUUAU